AUGCCCCGCGCAUCUCUAGACCGCAAUUCAAACCACAUCGUCUCCGUCUUGAACUCGCCUUCUGUGUCUUCCCUCUCGCCUUUACCAGAACCUCAACAGCUUUCUUCAGACUUCAAUAUGGUGGGCCGAAAGAACAUGCGCCCCAGUCCCAACGCCGACACCGUGCCCGUCACCUAUACUCCAACCACCCAUCGCAUUAGUAAAGCGAAGAAGGGAAAGCGCGUACAUGCCUGCCAACACGAUGGCUGCGGAAAGGUCGGCGCAUACCAAUCAGCUAUUAUCGGGACCACCCAAAUUGACUUUAUUCGCAGAGCCGAGCACAAGAGACGCCAUGAAUUGAACCACAACCCCGAGGCUUCAUAUCGAUGCACACAGCACGGAUGCAAGAAGGCUUUCCACCGGACUGAUCUGCUUGCGCGCCACAUGGAGAGACACGAGCUCGAGUCCCAAUCAGACCAACCCACUUGGACACCCAAGCCCCAAGACCCUAUUGUCUCGGAGUCCUCCAUCUCGCGCUGCAUGUCAAUGGACAACGGACUGUCAUUAACCGCAACCCCUCAAUCAAGCACUAUGUCUAUUGGUUCCGUCGUCGCACCGGGCAUUCACCCAGAUUUGGCCAACGACUGUAUGAUGUGGAGCGGCGUCGACUUGCCUUUGCAACCUCGAGCAACAUUCCACAACCACCUCUCCGAAGCUGCGGAUGACAGCCCAUUCUACUCCUCUCCCGCAGAGACCUGCCCCUCGCCUCUCUCCGACACCACAUUUUCCCUUCCUCCCCACUCGAGCUCCUCCAUCUCUUCUGCAUCCGUUUCCAUUAUCGACCACUACCCCAAAAACAUCAUCAAUGGCGAUGUCCACGCAUCCCCGCUUCAAAUGAACACUCCUCUCAUGCGGUGGGGCGGCGAUGCCGACAUGCCUGCGCAUCUGGUUCCCAUGUCUCUCGCAGAGAACAUGAUCCAACCCCCCGUUCAGUGCCACUACCCUUCUCCCUCAUGGUCCAGCUCAGACUGCCUCCCAUACGAAGACCAGACCCAAUCCAUGCCCCACUUCCAGCCUAUCGCCUGGGGCAUGUGA